CCAAGCCUCUCAGUCGUCCCCCCUCCCCCUACAUCCUCAGCCUGGAUGCAGGAAGGCUCACUCUCUCCCCAGCAGACGGUCUCAGCAUCGCUCCCCUGUCUCCAUCUCUGCAUCCCUCUAUCCAUCCCUGCGCUCUCAGCUAAAGGAUCUCAGCCCACUGCUGUGUGGAAAGCCGCCAUUAUGUCGGACAAGCCUGACAUGACUGAGAUCUCCCGUUUUGACAAGACGAAGCUGAAGAAGACUGAGACGAAGGAGAAGAACCCUCUGCCCACCAAAGAGACCAUCGAGCAGGAGAGGAAGGGCGAUGCCACGCCUUGACUUGAGCACACGAGGAGGAGGAGGAGCACAGAUGCCACAGAAGAAAAAGCACUUUCUUUUUGAUUAUCAUAGUAUUAGAACCUCCUACGUUGUCUUCAGAAAAGGGAGCUGUGAGCUCCCUGAGGUGCUAUCCUCACAUUGGGGGGGUGGGGGUGGGGGUGGGGGGUCAUCUUUUACCACUCUGAAAACUUCAGCCUGGGUGCCCGUCUUGUACUGUUAGCUCAAAGCUGACAUGUCUCCAAUAUCGCCAGACUGGGGAGUGGUGUAGUGAUGUAGCAGAGAGGAAGAUGGGCAUCCACGUCAGGCGUUGCAGAGGAGGGGGUGGGGUUGUUCAUAAUUUAACUCAACACUUGUGGGCUGCUUUCUUAUUCAACUUUUUACUUUUCUUUAUGUAAUAAACAUGAAGACACUGAAA